CCUGACGAUGGCAAGUGGCAUCGAUUAUCCAUCACCUAAAUGCACAGAUAAAACCUUCUAUGAAUAUCGACAACAAUUAUCUCUAAUUCCGUACCAUUUCCUUUAAGAUCAAUCAAUAAUUUCUCUGAAUACAAUCAACCAUAGCCUGGAACUGCUAGGAAAAACAAUGGAUUCCCAACAGGAGCUGAAUCUCCCAAUCUUGAAUAACUCCUUGCCUGAUGAUGAUGAUCGGCAGCAGCCACCCUCACACGACUCAUCUGGAAUUGGUCAUGGCCAUGAAGUGGACUCUAGGCUCGAGAAUGUUUUGUCAGACACCGAGCUGCCUUUCUUCAGGCGUCUCCGAUUGGCCUUGUUGAUUGAAAUGGAGCUCCUUUUCCGCCUAGCGGCACCGGCGGUCUUUGUUUAUUUAAUCAAUAACGCCAUGUCCUUAUCCACUCGUGUCUUUUGUGGUCAUCUAGGCAAUCUUGAGCUCGCCGCUGCCUCUCUUGGCAACAGCGGCAUCCAACUCCUUGCUUAUGGCCUCAUGCUAGGAAUGGGGAGUGCAGUGGAGACUCUAUGCGGACAAGCUUAUGGGGCGCUUAGAUACGGCAUGUUAGGGGUUUAUCUUCAGAGAUCAACCAUUGUCCUUACUUUAACAGGGAUCCCACUGAUGUUGGCCUAUGUGUUUUCCAAGCCAAUCUUGAUCCUACUAGGCGAACCGCCGGAAGUUGCAUCUGCUGCUGCUGUUUUUGUCUAUGGUUUGAUCCCACAAAUCUUUGCUUACGCUGUGAACUUCCCAAUACAAAAGUUUCUUCAAUCACAAAGCAUUGUGAAUCCGAGUGCAUUCAUAUCAGCUGCCACGCUUCUGGUGCACCUUCUGCUAAGUUGGUUGGCAGUAUACAAGAUUGGUCUGGGUUUGAUAGGUGCAUCUCUGGUGCUCAGCUUAUCGUGGUGGAUCAUAGUGGUGGCCCAGGCGGUGUACAUUAAGAUGAGUGACAAGUGUAAGCUUACAUGGUCCGGGUUGAGUUUGCAGGCCUUUUCUGGGCUUUGGGAUUUCUUGAAACUAUCGGCUGCUUCGGCCGUUAUGCUGUGCUUGGAGACUUGGUACUUCCAGAUACUUGUUUUGAUCGCCGGUCUGCUGGAUAAUCCCGAGCUUGCAUUGGACUCCCUUUCAAUUUGCAUGUCUAUAUCUGGUUUGAUGUUCAUGAUUUCAGUUGGGUUCAAUGCAGCUGCAAGUGUUAGGGUCAGCAACGAGUUGGGAGCGGAACAUCCCAAGUCGGCAGCAUUCACGGUUGCCGUUGUGACUUUGAUUUCCUUCAUCAUUGCUGUUGCGGAAGCUAUCAUUGUUUUAGCUCUACGAGACGUUAUAAGCUACGCAUUUACUGAGGGAGACACCGUGGCGAAUGCAGUCUCGAAGCUAUGCCCAUUCUUGGCCGUCACUCUUAUUCUUAACGGGAUUCAACCAGUCUUGUCUGGGGUGGCUGUUGGAUGUGGAUGGCAAGCAUUUGUAGCCUAUGUAAACGUGGGAUGCUAUUAUGUUGUUGGGAUUCCAUUGGGCUGUGUCCUCGGCUUUAAGUACAACCUCGGUGCAAAGGGAAUAUGGUCCGGGAUGAUUGGAGGAACAUUGAUGCAAACCCUCAUUUUAUUGUGGGUGACAUUCACAACAGAUUGGAACAAAGAGGUGGAGAUUACCAGAAGGCGGCUGGACAUAUGGGAAGACAAGAGCAAGCCUCUUCUUAAGAACUGAUUGUUGAAGGUAUCAUUAAGCUUUGCUGGUAAAUGAAACGCAUCGAAUUGAUUGUCCACCACUUACGAUAAGUCCACCAAACUAAAGCUAUUGAUGGCAACCAGUAAAGCUCCCACAAUCUGAACGACCCGAUGAAUGCUGCUACACCUACCGAGACAUUGGGCUCGUACCAUCAUCAAAUGGUUUGCUUACCGGCUACUAGCAGUUGUGAAUUAUUCUUUCAUGCGCAAGAUUAGCCUUGAAAUAAAGUAAAAUAAAGCACGUGCCAUGAUCUGUUUUAAAGUAUGAAGUUCUUCCUGCUAUUUGGAAUUUGGAUGCAUAAUGCGUUUCAAAACAAUCCGAGGAAAGCCAUGCUCACUGCCCAGUUGGAUUCGGAUUAAAACUUUUCCAGUUCGGCCUUUGGAAAUCCAAGUCACUAAGCCGAGAGAUUAGCCCAAAUACUAAUCCGUAUAUAGCUUUUGAACCAAGCUUUUUCUGCUUAUUAAGCAAGCUCCAGGUUAUUUAACUUCU